AACAAAAUUAAAUAAAAGGAGGGCAGAGCAGCUUCAAAAAAACCCAAUCCAUUAAUGAGUUUGGCAGUUUGUUGUUUAUCCAAUCCUUAAAACACAGUCACUCCGUUCAUCAUCUUCAUUCUUAUCAAAUUAAAAUGUCUAAAAAGGCAGCCGGUGGUUCUACGCUUCAAAAAGAUGCACCGUGGCGAGCCACUUCUACUAAACCCUUACCUAAAAUUCACCACUCUCCUAUUCUGCGCGUCUCCAACACUCCUUUUUCCAGCUACGCUAUCUCCCUCUUGAAGCACCCUAAUCCCAUCGGAAACGGAUUAGCCGCUGAGGCCAUUCUGGAAUCCGCCGGCCCUGAUUGUAUCGUCCCCGGUCAAAUUACACCGCUCCGAUUACUCGGCAUUAAGGUUUGGCCAGUAGAAGUUGACCUAAAGUUUAUGGAGCCGGUUGGACGAGAACUUAAGCUGCUUGGGAAGUUUAUGGAUAAUGCGGUCAACCUCAUGAACAAAUCAUUUAUAGAUCGCUAGUAUAGCCUGGAAUUUACAGCUGGCAGUGUCUUUUUUUGGAUUGUCAAGAGAAAAGCCUAGCUAAGCAAAGUGACUGUAAAUAAAUCUCCCUUUACAAUGAUUUUGUAUGCUCUAAUAAUAAUUUACAAGUUCCGUAGGUAAUCCACAUUGGUUGUUGAAAAUGAGAAGAUUUUGCUGCUUA